CCCCGGUCCAGGAGCCGCCAUCUUCUCCGCCAGGAAACCGGAGCGCCUGCCUUACGUAAAGUCGACGCGAUGCCGUAUGGAGACGACGGCCGGGGCGUGUCGAGCUACUUUAUGUCUGCACAGAGACAUGGAGGCCGUGUACACCCGGGGCAUCUGGAUGGCGGAGAGCCUCCAGCUGAGGACGAUGAGUCAGGAGAAGAUGUGGCUGGUGGUCACUCACAUCGGAGACCCCAAAGCUGCCUUCCUGCUCGUCUUCCCCUUCACCUACUUCAUCAGCAAACGGGCCGGAGUGUCCGUGCUGUGGGUGGCUGCGGUGUCGGAGUGGUUAAACCUGGUGUUUAAAUGGAUGCUGUUUGGAGAAAGGCCGUUCUGGUGGAUCGGUGAAUCUCGCCUGUUUGUCAACCAGCAACCCAAAGUUCACCAGUUCUCAUCCACCUGUGAAACCGGCCCAGGCAGCCCGUCGGGACACGCGAUGGUGACGGCGGCUGUCUGGUGGGUCGUCGUGUCCACGCUGGGAUCGUUUCUGUACUCUCGCACUCGCAGCAUGGUGUUAUCAGCCACCCCCUACCUGCUCUAUGUGCUGAUGCUGGUGGCAGUCGGAGUCUCCAGGAUCUUUAUCCUCGCCCACUUCCCUCACCAGGUCAUCGCCGGCUCCAUCACAGGUUUCAUUCUGGGGGUCGUCCUGAGCCGCAGAGUGCCAGAAGGUCGCCCCCUGCUGUUCUUCUUCAGCGUCAGCUUCGGUCUCCUGUUCGGCACUCUGAUGCUGCAUGCUGGACUGCAGUGGGUCGGAGUCGACCUCUCCUGGUCUAUCGCUCUGGCUAAGAAGUGGUGCAGCCGUGCGGAGUGGAUCCGUCUGGAUACGGCCCCCUUCUCCUCUCUGACCCGGGACUGCGGGGCUCUCCUGGGUUUGGGUCUGGCCCAGUACUGGAAGCCCGGCGGAUGGUCUCUGCCUUGGGCCCCACGAGCUUUGUCUCUGGCCAUUUCAUCCAUGGGACUGUACCACGUCAAUCGCCUGCCGCUGCCGGUGAGACCGCAGGGUCUCUUCUACGGCUUGUUCUUCGUCAAGUUCGUCAUAGUGCCUCAGAUCGUCAUGGUGCUCGUGCCUGGACUGGUUCACCUCUUCACACACAAGAAGAAGAAGGACUAGGACGUCUCUCUCUCCUCCAAGGACAGUUUCAGUAAACACUUUAAAGGUCGAAUGUAUUUCAGGGGUAACAGCUGUAGUUAGUUUCAUUUUCUGGUGAUUGUAGCAGAUUUUUAAAUUUCCUGCACAUCUGCUGUAAACGUAUGUAUCAUAACAGUAACGUGAGCUCGUUCCUAUGAGAUGUUUUUUUGUGGUAGAAGUUCAGGGUCUAGCUUUUGAAUGUUGCACAGUGUCAAUCAUUUGUACUGUAACAUGUUACAGCGCUCAGAUCUUUAUUGAUUAAAAGGUCAAUCGUA